AUUAGUAAGAUUCUUUUCUUCAAACGCGGCUUUAUUUGUUUUAUUUAAAACUUAUUGAUGAGAACGCCAUUUGUAAACGAUACUGAAUGAAUUAAAUUCAAAGUUUACAAACGGCGCCAGGAAUAACCGUUAUUUGUAAUGCUGUACAGAAUAGCAUAAAUGUGACACGAUAUUAAUUUAUAAAUUUUUUCACAUUGUUUUAACUUAUCGAUUAUUUGAAAACGAUAAUUAUUUGAAAAUGACAACCUCACUGGAAGAUAUUUUAGAAAAACAGUGUGAAAAAUUACAAGAUCUUAAAACUGCGACAAUAUUUAUUAAAAGUAAAAAUGCAAUUAAAGAAGAAUUCCUUAAAAUGCGUAUAGUACUUUCACAAAUGUAUAAUGGUAUUGAACAGAUAAGGAAAAAAUUAGUUGAUAUGAAAAAACAAAAUAAUCAAUGUAGAGAAUUAUUGUCAUUCAUUGAAACUUUGGAUAAGAGAAUUAUUCAUAUGGAAAAAAAUAUUCCACAUGAAUUAAUUCGUGAUUAUAAUAAAAUUGAAAAUUCUUUAUCAAUGAAAACUAUGUGCAAGAAAGAAUUUAUACAGAAAUCACCUAUAAUAAUAAGAAAUAAAAAUGUAGAAAAAGAAAAGACUCCAAUGAAAGACUGUAAAAAAAUAUUAUUUAACGAACUUGAAGUUUGUCCUAUGAUAUCUUUGAUAAGUGAAGAUGAGUUCAAUAAAGUUCCAAAGUAUAUUAUUGGAAGACAAUCUUUAGAAACUGUAAAUGAUUUCAUAAAUACUAUUAAUCACAUAUUAAAAACAAAAUAUACAUUUUUAUCACUGGGAAAAGCUCAUGCAAGGAAACAAGGAGAUUUGAAUCUUUAUUUGCACUAUAAAAAACAAGAAUUAGAUUUAUGUAAUGAUUCUGAAUACAUAUAUUUUUUUACUGGUGAAGAUUAUGAAAAACAAAUGAAGUCUAAAUUAAAUAAAAUAAAAUUAAAUCUAAUAACAGUUUUACGACAUUGCAAAAGAUUAAGAGAACAUAGGAUAAAAAACGACUUGCGAUAUGUAAUAUUAACAAAAAAAUAAUUGCUUAAGUUUUAAAUUAAGUAAUAAAACAAAAAGAUUGCA